CAAAUCGUUUCCCGUCAUUGUCCAAGUAUCUGAAAUGGCGACAAACUUCAAAUCCCUAUUACCAGUUAUCGACAUCAGUCCUUUAGUGGUCAAAUGUGAUGAUGCCAACAUGGCGGAGGAUGCCGGCGUGGCGGAGGUUGUGGGAAAGCUGGACAGGGCCUGUCGGGACGCAGGAUUCUUCUACGUAAUUGGUCAUGGAAUAUCGGAGGAUUUUAUAAGGAAGGUGAGAGUGAUGUCGCAUCAAUUCUUCGAGCUUCCUUAUGAAGAGAAACUUAAGAUCAAGAUUACUCCAGCUGCUGGAUACAGGUUUAUUCCACUGAUCUCAAAAUGUGCACCAAAUUUGGUAUCACGAUUAGUUAGAUUAGAUGGCUACUAUAUUAUAUAUAAUUUUGUUCUUAACGAAAGAAAUAAAUAUAAAAUCGUCAACUUACAUAUAUUAUUUAGAAGUCAAUGGUUAAAUAUCUACUUCAACGUAUUCCUCAUCGGAAUUCGAUUCCAACACCUUGUAAAAAGGGUCAAUGGCACGUAAAAAUAGUUCUUAAUUAAUAUCUAUAUUACUAAUUUUUUAGUAUUAUUUUAAUUGAAAUUUUCGUGGAACUCAAAUCAAACCAAACCAAAUAUAUAAAAAUAUAAAAAAGUGAUGUUCCAUUCGGGUAAAAAACGAAGAUUAUUCAUGGAUGUUGAGUUAUACAGAGGAUAUCAGAGAAUCGGACUAAACUUAACGAAUGGGAAACAAGAUAUGCACGAAGCCAUUGAUUGUUACAAAGAGUUUAAGCAAGGGAAGCAUGGGGACAUUGGAAAGGUUAUGGAAGGGGCAAACCAGUGGCCAGAGAAUCCUCAAGAAUACAAAGAGUUGAUGGAGGAGUAUAUUAAGCUCUGCAUAGAUCUUUCUAGAAAUAUCUUAAGGGGAAUCUCAUUAGCCCUUGGUGGAUCACCUUAUGAGUUUGAGGGAAAGAUGCUUACAGAUCCGUUUUGGAUAAUGCGUAUUCUUGGUUAUCCAGGUGUAAACCAAGAAAAUGUUAUCGGAUGUGGAGCUCACACUGACUAUGGCUUGUUGUCACUUAUAAAUCAAGAUGAUGACAAAACUGCUCUUCAGGUGAGAGACUUGGCCGGCGAUUGGAUACCAGUUAUUCCGAUCCCUGGAUCAUUUGUCUGCAACAUCGGUGACAUGCUAAAGAUUCUUUCUAACGGAGUUUACGAAUCCACACUUCAUAGAGUGAUCAAUAACUCUCCCCGAUACCGUGUUUGCGUCGGAUUCUUUUACGAGACGAACUUCGACGCAGCGGUGGAGCCGUUGGAUAUCUUCAAAGAGAAGUACCCAGGAAAAGGAACAUCCCAAGUUUUCAAAAGAGUUGUCUAUGGGGAGCAUCUGGUUCACAAACUCCAGACCACUUUUCAAAAUUUAGUGGAACACAGUUAAUGUUAAUGGUUUGGAUGGUCA